AUCUUACUCCCCAUAAAAUGAUCCAAGCAAGAGAGAAGCCCUACAAAAGUCUGGACAUGGUAAAGAGCAUUGGGUGGAGAGGCAAUCUAAAUUCCCAUAAAGGGAUCCAUACAGGGGGAAAGCCCUAUAAGUGCAUGGUCUGUGGAAGAAGAUUCAGUGUAAAGAGUUCCCUUACUGCUCAUAAAAGGAUCCACACAGGAGAAAAAUCUUAUAAAUACAUGGAAUGUAGAAAGAGGUUCAGGAACAGAGAAUGGCUGAAGUCCCAUAAAAUGAUCGGUCUCCAGGAAAAACGUUAUAAAUGUAUAGACUGUGAGAAAAGCUUCAGUGUAAAGAGUUCCCUUACUUCUCAUAAAAGGAUCCAUACUGGAGAAAGACCCUUUAAAUGCCUGGAGUGCGGAAAGAGCUUCAGGCAAAGUGGUGACCUGGCUUCCCAUAAAAGAAUCCAUACAGGAGAGAAACCUUAUAAAUGUCUGGAGUGUGGAAAGAGCUUCAGUAUGAAUUGUUCUCUUACUUCUCAUAAAAGGAUCCAUACAGGAGAGAAACCCUUUAAAUGCAUAGAAUGUGGGAAGAGCUUCUGUCAGAGCAGUGCGCUUGCCUCCCAUAAAAGGAUCCACACGGGGGAAAAACCCUACACAUGCCUGGAGUGUGGAAAGAACUUUAGGAACAGCAGUUAUCUGAACUCUCAUAAAAGGAUUCACACAGGAGAGAAACCCUAUAAAUGCACGGAGUGUGGGAAGAGUUUCAGUAUAAAAAGUUAUCUUACUUCUCAUAAAAGGAUCCAUACAAAUGAGAAACCGUUUAAAUGCAUAGACUGUGGGAAGGGCUUCAGCCAAAGCUGUGCCCUUGUUUCCCAUAAACGGGUUCAUACAGGAGAGAAACCCUAUAAAUGCAUGGAGUGUGGAAAGAGGUUCAGGAACAGCAGUUAUCUGAAUUCCCAUAAAAGGAUUCACACGGGAGAGAAACCUUAUAAAUGUCUGGAGUGCGGGAAGAGCUUCAAUCAAAGCAGUCAGCUUACUUCCCAUAACAGGAUCCACACAGGGGAAAAACCCUAUAAAUGCACAGACUGUGGAAAGACCUUUAUUGUCUGUGGCCAGCUGACUUACCAUAAAAGGUCCCACACAGGAGAGAAACCCUAUAAAUGCCUGGAAUGUGGAAAGGGCUUCUGUCACAGCCGUUCCCUUACUUCCCAUAAGAGGGUCCACACAGGGGAGAAUCAUGUAUGCAAUGAAUGUGGGAAGUGUUUGAGUACAAGCAGCUCCCUUACUUACCACAUUAGUACACACACACGGAAGAAAUUGUAUCAGUGCACAGAAUGUGGGAAGAACUUCACGUUGAAAAGUCACUUUACAUCCCAUAAGAGGAUUCACACAGGGAAGAAAUCUUAGGAAUGCUCCGAGCUUUGUGGAAAAAGCUUCAGCAAUAACAGUAACAUUACUCCCCAUAAAAUGAUCCAUGCAAGGGAGAAGCCCUAUAAAUGUGUGGACUGUGGAAAGAGCUUUCGGUGGAGAGGUAAUCUAGCUACCCAUAAAAAGAUCCAUUCACGGGGAAAACCCUAUAAGUGCACAGACUGUGGAAAAAGCUUUAGCAUGAACAGUUCCCUUACUUCUCAUAAAAGGAUCCAUACAGGAGAGAAACCCUUUCAGUGCACAGUGUGUGGAAAGAGCUUCAGUUUGAACAGGUGUCUUAUUUCUCAUAAAAGGAUCCAUUCAGGAUUGAAACUUUAUAUAUGCAACGAAUGUGGGAAAAGUUUUAUUUUAAGCAGCUCCCUUACUAAUCACAUUGGUACCCAUAGCAGAGAGAAACUAUAUCACUGUACUGACUGUGGGAAAAGCUUCAGGUGGAAAAGUCACCUUACUUCCCAUGAAAGGAUGCAUACAGGGGAAAAACCAUACGAAUGUAAGGACUGUGGAAAAAGCUUCAGUAUGAACAGUUCUCUUACUUCUCAUAAAAAGAUCCAUACAGGAGAGAAACCCUAUCAGUGCAUAUUGUGUGGGAAGAACUUCCGGUUGAAAGGUCAUCUUACUUCUCAUAAAAGGAUGCACACAGGGGAAAAACCCUAUCAAUGCAUGGACUGUGGCAAGAGCUUCAGUAUGAGCAGUUCCCUUACUUCUCAUAAAAGGAUCCAUACAGGAGAGAAACCGUAUCAAUGCUUGGAAUGCGGGAAGAGCUUCAGCAAAAGCAGUAUUCUUAAUUCCCAUAAAAGGAUCCACACAGGAGAGAAACCCUAUAAAUGCCUGGAUUGUGGAAAGAGCUUUAACAACAGGAAUCACCUAACCUCCCAUAAAAGGAUCCACACAGGAGAGAAACCCUUUAAGUGCACAGAGUGUGGAAAGAGCUUCAGUUAUAGUGAUUCCCUUACUUCUCAUAAAAGGAUUCAUACAGGAGAAAAACCCUACAAGUGCAUGGAGUGUGGAAAGUCCUUUAUUCAGAGCAGUCACCUUACUUCCCAUAACAGAAUGCACACUGGGGAGAAACCAUAUAAAUGUAUGGAGUGUGGAAGGAGCUUCAGCAGCAGCAGUUCCCUUAUUUGCCAUAAAAGGAUCCAUUCAGGGUUGAAACCUUAUAUAUGUAAGGAAUGUGGAAAGAGUUUUAUUUCAAGCAGCUCGCUUACUAACCAUAUUAGUAUCCACAUAGCUGAGAAACUGUAUCAGUGUACAGAGUGUGUGAAAAGUUUCAGGUGGAAAAGUCAACUUAUUUCCCAUAGGAGAAUACAUACAGGGGAAAAACCCUAUCAGUGCAAGGAUUGUGGGAAAAGUUUCAGUCUGAACAGUUCCCUUACUUCUCAUAAAAGGAUCCAUACGGGAGAGAAACCGUAUAAAUGCAUAGAGUGUGGAAAGAGCUUCAGCAAAAGCUGUAACCUUACCUCCCAUAUAAGGAUCCACACAGGAGAGAAACCCUAUCAAUGUACAGAGUGUGGAAAGAGCUUCAGUUUGAACAGUUCCCUUAAUUCUCACAAAAGGAUCCAUGCCACAGAGAAACCCUAUAAAUGCCUGGACUGUGGAAAAAGGUUCAGUAUGAAGAGUCUCCUUGAUUCUCAUAAAAAGGUCCAUACUGUAGAAAAACCCUAUCAAUGCAUAGAAUGUGGGAAGAACUUCCACACAAGACAUGAUCUUACUUCACAUAAAAGGGUUCACACAGGAGAGAAACCGUUUCAGUGUAUAGAAUGUGGAAAGGCUUUCAGUCACAACAGUGCCCUUACUUCUCAUAAGAGGAUCCACACAGGAGAGAAACCAUUUCAGUGUAUAGAAUGUGGAAAGGCUUUCAGUCACAACAGUUCCCUUAUUUAUCAUAAGAAGAUUCACACAGGAGAGAAACCGUUUCAGUGUAUAGAAUGUGGAAAGACUUUCAGUCACAACAGUUCCCUUACUUCUCAUAAGAGGAUCCACACAGGAGAGAAACCGUUUCAGUGUAUAGAAUGUGGAAAGAACUUCAGCACAAGCAGUAGCCUUAGUUCCCAUAAAAGUAUCCACACAGGAGAGAAACCCCAUCAAUGCAUAGAAUGUGGGAAGAACUUCCGCACAAGGUGUGAACUUACUGCACAUAAAAGGGUUCACACAGGAGAGAAACCAUUUCAAUGUAUAGAAUGUGGAAAGACUUUCAGUCGAAACUCUUCCCUUACUUAUCAUAAGAGGAUCCACACAGGUGAGACCUCCUAUCAAUGCAUGGAGUGUGGAAAGAAUUUCAGGAAAAAUAGUGACCUUAUUUCCCAUAAAAGGGUUCACACAGGAGGUAAGCCGUAUAAAUGCUUGGAAUGUGGGAAGAUCUUCAGCAAGAGCAGCAAUCUCACGUCCCACAAAAGAAUCCACACAGGGGAGAAGCCGUAUACAUGCCUAGAAUGCGGAAAGAGCUUCAGUCGGAGCAGUAGUUUCUCAGCGCAUAAAAGGAUCCACACAGGAGAGAAACCGUAUGAAUGCCUGGAAUGUGGCAAGCGAUUCAGUGAGAGUAGUCAUCUCAUUGCACAUAAAAGGAUCCACACAGGGGAAAAACCUUACGAAUGUAUAGAAUGUGGGAAGAGCUUCAGUCAGAGCAGUAGCUUUGCCGCACAUCGAAGAAUCCACACCGGGGAGAAACCCUACAAAUGUAUGGAGUGUGGGAAGAGCUUCAAUACAAGUACGCACCUGACUUCUCAUAAAAGGAUCCACACAGGAGAAAAACCGUACAAAUGCACAGAGUGUGGAAAGAGCUUCAGUGAAAAUGGGGCUCUUACUUCACAUAGGAGGAUCCACACCGGCGAGAAACCAUACAAAUGCAUGGAGUGUGGAAAGUGCUUCAGUCAGAGCAGUUCUUUUACUCUUCAUAAAAAGAGGCAUAAAGGAGAGACGCCAUAUAUAUGCAUCAAGUGUUCGGAAAACCCAUCAGUCAGAUCACACAAAAGAAACCAUUGGGGGGAGAAACCCUACAAAUGCUUAGAAUGUGGAAAGGGCUUUAAUAUGAGCAGCCACCUGCUUUCUCAUCAGAGGACUCACACGGGGAAAAAGUCGUAUAAGUGCUUGGAGUGUGGAAAGAGCUUCACACAGAACUUCAGCCUGACAGUCCAUCAAAGAACUCACACUGGGGAAAAACCCUAUGAAUGUGUGGACUGUGGAAAGUGCUUCAGCCGCAGCCAGCAUCUCAUUCAGCACAGAAGCAUCCACACAGGGGAGAAACCAUUUCAAUGCACUGACUGCGGAAAGUGCUUCAGCCGCAGCCAGCAUCUUGCCCAGCAUCGAAGUAUCCACACAGGAGAGAAACCGUACAAAUGCAUGGAGUGUGGAAGGCGCUUCAGCAAUAGCGGAAGCCUAAAUACACACCAGAGAACUCAUACUGGAGAGAAACCCUAUAAAUGCCUCGAGUGUGGGAAGAGCUUCAGCAAGAGCAGUAACCUUACAGCCCAUAAGCGGAUCCAUACGGGGGAGAAGCCCUAUCAAUGCUUGGAAUGUGGGAAGAGCUUCAGCAAGAGAGGGAACCUUUAUAAACACCAGACAAUCCACACAGGAGAAAAACCUUACAAAUGCAUGGAAUGUGGAAAGAGUUUCCGGAUGAGUGGGAAUUUUUAUAAGCAUCAGAGAAUCCACACAGGAGAGAAACCAUAUGAAUGUCUGGAAUGUAGGAAGCGCUUUGCUCUUAGGCAUCAGUUGACUGCGCAUCAAAGAACUCAUGCUGAUGAGAACCCAUUUCAAUGCUUAGAGUGUGGAAAGAGCUUCAGGAGCAGCAGCCACCUAACUUCCCAUCAUAGGAUCCACACCGGAGAAAAACCUUAUAAAUGUAUAGAGUGUGGGAAGAGCUUUAGGCAACGCAGUCAUCUUAUUUCUCACAGAAGGAUCCACUCGGGUGAAAAACCAUACACGUGCAUCGAGUGUGGAGAGAGCUUCAGGUUGAGCAGUCAGCUGACGUAUCAUAUGUGGAACCACACGGGGGAGAAGCCGUACAGUUGUGCGGAAUGCGGGAAAAGUUUCAGCAACGUCAGUUCCCUCACUUGCCAUAAAACCAUCCACACGGGAGAGAAACGAUACAAAUGCACGGAGUGUGGAAAAAGGUUCCGGAACAGUAGUCAUCUUACUUCCCACAAAAGGAUCCAUACAGGGGAGAAACCAUAUAAAUGCACGGAGUGUGGGAAGUGCUUCAGAGACAGCUCUGCCCUGGUGUCUCAUAGAACAAUCCACACAGGGGAGAAACCAUACAAAUGUAUGGAGUGUGGAAAGAGCUUCAGCCAGGGAUACUCUCUUACGACCCAUCAGAUGAUCCAUUCCGGGGAGAGGCCCUACAAAUGUAUGCAGUGUGGAAAGAGCUUCAAAUGGAAUAGUCACCUUACUGCACAUCAGAGGAUCCACACGGGAGAAAAACCAUACAAGUGUGUGCAGUGCGGAAAGAGCUUCAAAAACAGGAGUAAUCUCACUAGCCAUAAAAGGAUCCACACAGGAGAAAAACCGUAUAAAUGCAUGGAGUGUGGCAAGUGUUUCAGAGGCAGCUCUGCCCUUAUUUGCCAUAAAACAAUCCACACGGGAGAAAAACCAUAUAAAUGUAUUGAAUGCGGAAAGAGCUUCAGCAGAGGCAGCUCCCUUACUUUCCACAAAAGGAUUCACACGGGGGAGAAACCCUAUCAGUGUCUGGAGUGUGGAAAGAGCUUCAACCAGAGUAAUUCCCUUAUUUUCCAUAGUAGUGUCCACACGGGGGAGAAACCGUUUAAGUGUACAGAGUGUGGAAAGAGCUUCAGCAAAGAAGGUUGCUUUAUUUCCCACAAAAGGAUCCACACAGGGGAGAAACCUUAUCAAUGUCUGGAGUGCGGAAAGACGUUCAGAUUGAACAGUCAGCUUACAUCUCAUCAAAGGAUCCACACGGGAGAAAAACCGUAUCACUGUAUGGAGUGUGGAAAGACGUUCAGAUUAAGCAGUGAUCUCACUUCCCAUAAAAGGAUCCACACAGGAGAGAAACCGUAUGAGUGCAUGGGAUGCGGGAAAAGCUUCAAGCGCAGCAGUGACCUUACUUCCCAUAAAAGGAUCCAUACCGGAGAAAGACCAUAUGAGUGUAUGGAGUGCGGAAAGACCUUCACAAUGCGAUCAUCCCUAACGUCUCAUAAAAGGAUCCACACAGGGGAGAAACCAUAUCAGUGCACAGAGUGUGGAAAGAGCUUCCGUGAAAAUGGAUCUCUCACUAUUCAUAAGAGGAUCCACACAGGAGAGAAACCGUAUCAGUGUAUGGAGUGUGGAAUGAGCUUCAGACGAUGGAGUUAUCUGAUUUCCCAUAAAUUGAUCCAUACAGGAGAAAGACCACAUAAGUGUACCAAGUGUGAAAAGAGUUUCAAAAAGAUUGGUCAAUUGACAGCCCAUAAGAAGCUUCACACAGAAGAUAAACUAUAUCAGUGCACAGCGUCUGGAAAGAGCUUUAAAGAAAGUAGUUCCCUUAUUUCCCAUAAAAGACUCCACUCAGGAGAGAAACCAUAUAAAUGCACCGAGGGCGGAAAGAGCUUCAAUGAAGACAGUUCCCUCACUUCGCAUAAAAGCCUGCACACAGGAGAGAAAUCAUAUAAAUGUACAGAGUGUGGAAAGAGCUUUAAGAACAGUGAAAGUAGUUCCCUUAUUUCCCAUAAAAGACUCCACUCAGGAGAGAAACCAUAUAAAUGCACCGAGGGCGGAAAGAGCUUCAAUGAAGACAGUUCCCUCACUUCGCAUAAAAGCCUGCACACAGGAGAGAAAUCAUAUAAAUGUACAGAGUGUGGAAAGAGCUUUAAGAACAGUGGUAACCUCACUUCACACCAAAGGAUCCAUUCAGGGGAAAAACCAUAUAAAUGUAUGGAAUGUGGCAAAAGCUUCAGGCAGAGCGGUUCUCUUACUUCCCAUAAAAGACUCCACACAGGAGAGGAACCAUAUAAAUGCUUGGAGUGUGGAAAGAGUUUCAAAUGGAGAGGUCAGCUUACUUCACAUAAAAUGGUUCAUACAGAAGAGAGACUGUACAAAUGCAUGGCAUGUGGAGAGUGCUUCAAAUGGAGAGGUGAACUUACUUUGCAUAAAAGACUUCACACAGGAGAGAAACCAUAUAAAUGCAUGGAGUGUGGAAAGAGCUUCAACCAUACCGGUACCCUUAUUUCCCACAGAAAAAUCCAUUCAGGGGAAAAACCUUAUAAAUGCAUGGAUUGUGGAAAGAGCUUCAAGCGUACCGGUACCCUUAUUUCCCAUAGAAGAAUCCAUUCAGGGGAAAAACCUUAUAAAUGCAUGGAUUGUGGAAAAAGUUUUAAGCAGAUUAGUGAUCUCACUUCCCAUAAAAGACUCCACACAGGAGAGGAACCAUAUAAAUGUUUGGAGUGUGGAAAGAGUUUCAAAUGGAGAGCUCAGCUUACUUCACAUAAAAUAAUUCAUACAGGAGAGAAACCAUACAAAUGCAUGGAGUGUGAAAAGAGCUUCAGCCACAACAGUUCCCUUGCUUUACAUAAAACAGUCCACACUGGAGAGCAACCAUAUCAGUGCACUGAAUGCGGGAAGUGUUUCAAACAGAGCAGUAAACUUACUUCCCAUAAAAGGAUCCAUACUGGAGAGAAACCAUAUAAAUGUAUGGAAUGUGGCAAAAGCUUCAGCCAGAGCAGUUCUCUUACUUACCAUAAAAGGAUCCACACUGGAGAGGAACCAUACAAAUGCAUGGAAUGUGGAAAGAGUUUCAAACAGAGCAGCAGCCUUGUUUUCCAUAAAAGGCUCCACACUGGGGAAAAACCAUAUAAAUGUUCGGAGUGUGGAAAGAGCUUCAGCAAAAGCAGUAAUCUUACUUCCCAUAAAAGGAUCCACACAGGAGAACGACCCUAUAAAUGUACAGAAUGUGGCAAAGAGUUCAGUCACAGCAGUAGUCUUAUUUCCCAUAAAAGGCUUCAUACUGUGGAGCAACCAUAUAAAUGUUCGGAGUGUGGAAAGAGUUUCAGCAAGAGUAGUAACCUAAUUUCCCAUAAAAAGCUCCAUACAAGAAAGAAAUAA